AUGGGCAAGGCACAGAGUAAACUGUCACCGGAACAGCUAGCAGACCUCCAGAAACACACCUAUUUUGAUAAGCGCGAGCUCCAACAAUGGUACAAGGGCUUCCUGAAGGACUGCCCAUCUGGUCAGCUAGACAAGGAAGAGUUUGGCCGAAUAUACAAGCAGUUCUUCCCAUUUGGUGAUCCUGGAGAGUUCGCCGACUAUGUCUUCAAUGUCUUCGAUGAGAACAAGAACGGCACGAUCGACUUCAAAGAAUUUAUAUGCGCGCUCAGCGUGACGAGCCGGGGGAGAUUGGAUGAGAAACUGAGAUGGGCGUUCCAACUCUAUGACAUCGACGGAGACGGUUUCAUAACGUACGCGGAAAUGCUCCAGAUUGUCCAGUCAAUAUACAAGAUGACCGGCCAAAUGGUGAAGCUCCCAGUAGAUGAGGAUACACCCGAGAAGCGAGUAGACAAGAUCUUCAGGAAUAUGGACAGAGACAAGGAUGCCAAGCUGACAUACGACGAGUUCGUGGACGGUAGCAAACAGGACCCUACGAUUGUACAGGCAUUAUCACUGUACGAUGGAUUGGUAUAG